UUCUGGACACGUCGGUCACAGGAACGUUUGCAAUGGAUGACAGAGCAGACUCUCUGAUGACUCUGCAUCUUCUCGCCAAUUCGGAACGCUCAUCGCUUCUGCAGCAAACUCUGGAUCGGCUUUUGGAGUGGAUCUGCCCAGACGUUCGACUUUUCCUGGUGUCUGAGCGAGUUACUCCAUUGAAUUACUACGAGAGAUAUCGUAAGAGAAGCUGCGGCUUUCCUGGAAUAUCCGUUCUCCUUUUUCUACACGAGGACUUGGGAGAAGAACGGAUUUUCCAGGUCCAUGAACUCUUCCAGCGUCCGCCCUGGCGCUACCAGUGUGUCCAGAUUGCUAACGGGCACAGCCGCCUCUAUGCCCCAGCUCAGCAGGACUUCUAUGGCCUGGACGACCAGUUGCCUGUGUGGGGCAUCAGGCGGGUGCACUGUGGCCCCGAAAUCCUGCGUGUCACCCUCUACUGCAGUUUCGAUAACUACGAGGAUGCAGUGAGACUCUACGAGAUGAUCCUACAGAAAGAAGCAACUAUGCAGAAAAGUAGCUUCUGUGUCUUUGUGCUGUACGCAACCCAAAUUACUGCCGUGCAGCUCUGCUUGAAGCAGCUGCCCAUCGGGGUGGCUGCCGAGCCGAAGGAGUCGUCAGCCUUGCAGUUCAAGGUGCAAGAAAUCGGGCAGCUGGUGCCUCUCCUGCCUAACCCAUGUAUUCCUAUCAGUAGCACCAGGUGGCAAACGCAAGACUACGAAGGAAAUACAAUUCUGCUUCAGGUUCAAGACAGCUCAAAGCCCCGUGAAACAAAUGUUGGGCUUUCCCAUCAGCAUAAUAAUGCAGGCAACGAAAAAAUCCUGCAGGACUCUGUCCCAGCCCCUCUCCCUGUAAAGCGGGGUAAUCCUGGGCAGAGAAGCCAGGAGGUCGGAGCCACGAAGGGUAGAACAAAAUCUGAGCAAAGCGAAGCCCUUACUCCUGAGCAAGCCGGCGGUGACCUCCAUAGGCACUUCUGCUCUUCUCACAGUGCUCCAGCAGCCCCGUCGUGGUGGGAUGCCACCUCCCUCCGCAGGCAGGCGAGCAGCAAGCUGCAGGCUUCUCUCCAGGAAAGCCGCGUUCGUCGGCAGGCAGCGGAGACCAACGUUGACACCGGGCUCGCCGUGGCGAGUCCUGCGAGUGGCUGCUGUCCGCUGAACCGCUUCUCCAGGGACCUGUGGAGCAGCCUCCUCCAGCCACGAGCACCCACGGAUGGGGCCGGCAGCGCCUUGCCCUCCCAGGACAGGACCCAGCUGCUGUUUGCUGCAGCCAAAAGGAACAAAGGAGCAGGGCAAAGAGCUUCGGGCUUCCACUCGCAAACACCACGAGCCAGCCCUGCAAACAGAGCGGAGGACGAGGAGGAGGAAUUCUUUAUAUGACUGAAAACAAACGUGCCAGAUGGACUCAUCACUUCCAGACGACAGCAGAGCACUUUUGUGGGUAUCGUGCCUCCUCGUGCUGUGACCGCUGAUGCUCAGCUUACCUCUGUAGCUGUGACAGCAUUUCAGUAGCGGGUUCACCAAGGUAGAUGCUUACUUGCCGUGGAGCGAUGCUAAGGAGGCUGCAGGCAAAGCAGGAAAAAUAACGCUGUAUUUACAGAAGUUUUUUUUUUUUUUAAUGCAGAAUAGAUUGGAGGAUUAUUGUGCAAUGAAUAGGAAUAAGCCAUAUGACUCCUAGAGCUGUUCUAAGAUGCUAAAAAAUAGCCAGUGCCAUCUUCAGAUGGGGUUAGAAGGUGCAGCUUGCCUAAGCUGCCCAAGCAGCUGGAUGCCCCCAGCCAUGGGGGCUCAUCGUCCCUUGCCGGGACGUAUUGGAACAAGGUCACAGUGGCUACGCCGAUUUUCCUCUGUGUUCCUUCUUGCUUCCUCUGGUAAUUAAAAGCUAUCAAUGUUGUCAAUUUUAUGCAAGAUGAGAAACACAAGAAUGUUCUUUUAAAAUAUUUUUGAAGAAAACAACUUCUAGAGAGACCUUUUCCCCAAAUUAGCACAGUACACGCAAAAAGCAAACACUCGCAGAGAAUAGUUUGAGCUAUGUUUAUGCUCCAGCAAGACCUGCUGUUGCCUAUUCAUAUGACACUUAACAAAAUAAACCCAGCAACAGCCCAGGCUUUGUUAGACCAGUCUGCAGUUAUCAGCAGGCAAUCCUAAUUGGGUUUUAAUUAACAGAAGACAAGAGAAGUUAAGAGUCUUGGAGGGAACAGCUGAAUGCUGGAGAGUAAAAAGGACGGGAGAAAUGAGGUAAUGUUUCGGCAACAGAUGCUGAAAUAACUCCCAUCUUGAUCAGCAGUUUUCUUUUCUCAAGUAGGAUUAAGUAAAUCUCAAAGGGAAAGAGAUGGGAAGGGCAUGACGGAGGAAUGAAAUUAUUAAAAGAAAAGCCAAAUCUGAUCAUACUUACCUUCCAAACAGCACAACGAAGAGGUGUUUUCUCCUUGAAUAUAUCUGAAUUCUGCUUUACACAGAAGUGUGAAUUUGUUUGGAGAGUGCCUUCUCAUUGCCUCUUCUUAGUUCGUAACUCAAGUUUGACAGACGAUGGCUUCUUGCGGCCCAAGGAGAGGCAGAGGGUGAUGGGCAACAGCAGAGCCUUCCCACGAGGGGGUCCUGCACAAUUUCACGGGUGUUUAACACUCGUACGUGUGCCAGCUGAACACAGCCCAUGCCGCGCUGCAAGAGCUUCGUUACCCAGGGAAGCCCAAACCCACCCCUCUGCUGCUGGUGGGCUGUGCAGCCCAGCGGGACUAAAGAGCGACGCCAUUGCUGGAUGUUAGGUCGGGCUUUGGGAAGGCCCAGCGUUUGGGGGGAAGUUUGAAGGCACAGCCGAGUUGGUCGGAAGAGCUGCAGGUGGGAAUAGGGCUGUCCCCGCUCCGUGCCUCUGCGCCCUCGCAGCUGGUGUUGCCCUGGAAGUGAUGCUCACGUACCCUUCAAUUCAGGGACCGAAACCUGCAGAAAGCUGAACAGGACACUUAUUUCACUGGACACUUACACCCACCCACCCCACCCCCCAUGUCUUCAUAAGCUCUGUAAAAAUUUUGGACUUUUUA